GAAUUCAUCUGGAUAGACACCUGCUGCAUCGACAAGCGGAGCUCGGCAGAGCUGCAAGAGACAAUCACCACUAUGCAUCAAUACUAUGCGAAGGCCUGGUGUUGUAUAGCCUACCUUCACGACGUCCAGACUCGAGAAUGCAGCCCUCUCGCGGUCCUGCAAAGCUUCAAAGAGAGCGUCUGGUUCACAAGAGGAUGGACUCUCCAGGAGCUACUUGCGCCAAAAUGUGUCAUGUCCGCCGACAGGGACUGGAAGGUCUUCGGACAUAAAUCACCGCUUGAACCUUUGAUGUUCGAUGAGAGUACGGCCGUUGACGCGUACUACUUGAAGAUGCCUCUCAAUCAUGUCAGUUUCAAAGACCGUCUGGCGUGGAUGAACAAGAGAACGACCACCAGAGCCGAGGACCGAGCUUACUGCAUGCUUGGACUGUGCGAGGUAUACAUUCCUCUCAUGUAUGGGGAGGGACUCAAUGCCAUGAAGCGACUUUACAAAGAGAUA